AUGAAGCUCCCCAACGUUGAUUACCUGAGAGUAGUUCUCUUAGGCCUCUGCAUGCCUUCCUUUGUGAUGGGUCUUAGUUCAAGUUCACCACCUACUGCGAGCCCAAUGCCCCUGCCCGAGGCCCCGAAAACACCGCCUCAAAAGUACGGAAUGCUACUCUUUCAAGCCUUCGAGCUCAUGGAUGUCUUCGGUCCUCUAGAGGCCCUCCAGCGUCUCACAUCCUUCCAUAAAGUCGACCUGUUCUUCCUCUCCGAAACCCUCUCCCCAGUCAGCACACGGCCGGGAUCCAGCGCAAUGAACGCCCACAACUCCACCGGCUUCCCCGAGAUCAUCCCAACGCACACCCUCGACAACGCACCCGAGAUGGACGUUCUGUUCGUUCCGGGCGGACUCGGAACCCGGUCCCCGAACAUGAAUCGCACGAUUGAUUUCAUCGCAGAGACGUACCCCAAGGUGAAGUACUUGAUCACCGUCUGCACGGGGUCCCGACUGGCCGCGCAGUCCGGGGUUCUGGACGGGAAGCGCGCCACGACCAACAAGGCCUCGUGGAACAGUACGGUGGCGCUGGGUCCGAAGGUCGAUUGGGUGCCGCGUGCGCGGUGGACCGUUGACGGCAACAUCUGGACGUCGUCUGGGAUAUCCGCGGGAGUGGAUGCGACUUUGGCGUUUGUUCAGUGGGCGUACGGUGAAGAGACUGCUACUACAAUUUCGAGCUUGAUGGAAUACGAGAGACAUACUGACCCGGAUUGGGAUCCGUUUGCCGAUAUUUUUGAGGUUCCUGGUCGAAUGAUCUCCACAAUCUUCACCACGUUCUCCGUGCUCGGAGCCGCCUAUGCCUCGUCGGUUCAGCCCGUCGUCGCCAAAGGUGGAUGCACCAACAUCAACUCCUACUACCCGUACACGGGCACCACGGGAUACUUCAUGGCCAAGGUCGACGGAUGCGUGAACACCACCGCCACCGACAACGCCUGCAGCAUCGAAGGCUUCCGCGACACGACGGUCUCGCUCUCCAGCGAUGAUAAGAGUGGAUAUAUCGGAAUCGGAUACGUCGGCGACCAAGCGAUUGUUCCUCUGAUGUGUAGCACGGCCUCUCCCUCCGUGAUCGACGCCUGCGUUUCCGUCGACAACGGCUGCAGGUUCCAGUCAACGAACAUCAGCUCCUCCACGGGUCUGUUCAGCUGGGGACUGUCUGCCGAUGAGAGCAUUAACGUGGACUUUUACCACCACGAGGUGGAUGGCAAGCAACAGGACGGACUCUUCGUCGGAGCUGAGAAUGUCACUUCCUGGGCUAUUAAGCACUAUCCUGCGGAUUCGCACUCCAAGGUUCCCUACUGGCUGCUGCGGUGGUUGGGAAACAGCGAGGAGUUGAAGGACGGCGAGUUCAAGACUUUCCUUAAGGUUGACUAUUUUUAA